AUGUCGUCUCAAGGCGCAGCUGCUGGUGGCGGCGGCGCCCACAUGACCACCCUCUCCACCUCCCUCCUCGCCGCAGCAUGCACAGCCGUCGUCGCCGCUUCCAUCUUUGUGCUCGUCGCCCUCCGACGCUAUCUGGCCGCCAAGAAGCGCAGAUCCACCAUGAUCGCCCCCCAACCAGCCCCGGCGACCGCCCAGGCCAUCUACACGUCGCACCUCAAGUCCAAAUCGAUAUCCACCGAGGACAUCAGCGAGCCUCGCCUCCACUACGCACCAGAACGUGCCCACAAGGCCCCGUACGACCUCAGCAAGAUGUCGCUCGCGCAAAAGACCGUCGUAUCCAUGCGCCAGCAGGGCUUUCUCCCGUCCAAGCCUUUCGGUUCGCCCAAAUUUCCCAAAGCCGCUCUGCUCUCGCCAAGGAUGCAGCCUCCAGUCUCGGCCGAUCUGCCUCCGCCACGCACACCAAAGUCUCCGGGCCUCACUGAGCUCGCCAUGUCGCCCGGCCCAAGCAUCCUUCUCAAGCCCAUGACGUACGGCAAAUCGCCCGUAUCUCCCGCCAAAAGCCCUGUCGCUGCGAUAAAGAAGCCGUCCCCAGAGCAGAAGAAGAAGCUGACGCGCAGCGCCGUGCCCUCCAUGCUCCUCCGCAGCCUCGGCGUGUUGCCCGACUUCUCGGCUUCGACCUCGCAAGCGAAGAAAGCGGAGCCAUCAGCGGACGAAGACAAGGAGAUCAUCGCAGACAGCAAACAGCAGCAGGAUCCGCAGCAAAGUAAGGAGGCUGACGAGCCUUCGCUCACACCCAUCCUCGAUCUCGGCAUCGACUUUGGUAACGACGAGUCCUUCGAGCAGUCCCUCAAACUACGCGGCAACUUCUCCUUUGACUCGGACAGCACAAGUUGGCUCGACUCGUCAAAGCAGCAGCAGCCCGACCUCGAAGCUCAGCAGCCUGCUAAGAAAAGUGCCGGUCUCGCCGGCCUUAUCGAGGCUCUGUCACCACAGCUGCCCGAGACCUCGACUCUGCCCGUGGGCCGCAUUAGCCCUCCAAGUCGUCUCACUGGUUUGCCCUCACCCGCAUCGUUCCGUUCACAUCUUCCCACUCCUCCGCCAUCUGCAGGUCUUCCGCCAGCUCCAACCACUCCGUCCAUGCACAAGGUCCCCUCGAGCAGCUCGCUGCAAAGCAAAGCCAGCAGAGCCACGGCUUCUUCCGCUCAGCCUUCCGCCGGCCAGUCUUUCCACAGCGCCGCCGACUCCAUUGGCCAGCUCUGCAUUGACAUGUCCGCCGACGGCCCCGAAGACGAGGCGAACUCACCAUCGUUCCACAGGCUCAGCCUCGGCUUCGGUCCACAGAAAAGCCCCUCGCAGGGCACUUUCAACAGCAUCUUUGGUGGUCUGCGCAAGGCUCCGGUGCGAGGCGACGAUAUCGACCUCGAAGCGGCCAACUCUUCCACCGACGGUGCGUCGACGCUCCACUCGUCUUCGAGCGACGAACUCUCUUACAGCUCGUCCCAAACCAGCAUGGAUAUCGAGGCCAACACGAGCUUCGGCAAGGCGAAUGUCGUUCCCGCCGCAUGCGUCCCUCCUCUGCCCCCAAUGCCCAUCUCGCUUCAGCAGCUUGCCCAGGACAGGACACCGCAGGCCGAGUCGCAACCUGUCUUUGCCGAUGACUCGGCCACGCCUCGUCCGAGCCGUAAGCGGGCUUCGACGCUGGGAGCGCUUGACCAGCCCAAGCUCGCCAUGCCGGAUCUGAUGCACCCUCGGGCCGCGCCGCUGCCCCCCACGGGUACUGCUGGCAAGAUCGCAGAGCCGACGAUCAAUGUGGAGCCGGUGGAAGUGCACCGUGCAGAGCUCACCAAGCUCAAGGCCAAGUCGACCGAUCAUCUCCCUCUGAAGGCCAGCCCAAGAGGCGCGGCGACGAUGAACUUCAAGAGCCCCUACCACCGAACGCUGAUCCCCGACCCACCCAUGGAUGGCGCUCGCCUCUCGCCGGGUCUGGGUGCGGACAGCCCGAUCCUGGCGCAGCUCAGCCCCAAGCUGCUCGGUGGCUCGCCGGGCGCCAGUCCCAGGCCCAGCUUCACCGAGAGCCUCAAGGCUAGGCUGAGCCUCUCGCGCAAGUCGCUCACCAGCUCGCCUGGAUACACUUCGCGCAACAGCACGCCGCGUCUCGACACCAUCAACCAGUUCCCCAAGCCCGGCGGCGAUGGCUCGCACUCGUUCGCAGAUACCACGGCAGCCAACAGCCCUGCUGCUGCAGACGCAACGCCGAGGCUCACCGCUGGCAGGAGCGUCAAGGGUGCAGCAAGGCCCGCUACCAGCCCUGUCGUGGGUCAGGCUGAGCAGGUCGGGCUUGGCUUCAGCCCCGCGAUCUUGUUCAACGGUCAGGAGAUCGAGCCCACCAGGCCGCUGCGAUUCCAGAAGCCAUCGUCGGCGGGCGGCCGUCUUGGCGGCUCGCCCCAGCCGCUGCUCUCGCCCGGCUCGCCAUCGCCCAUGCUCCACUCCGAGGGCAUCUUUUCGCCCCUGGUCGACGGCAUGGAUGGCGGAGCGAGCCCAAGCGGCGAACGCAUCGAGUUUGGGGUCUCGGAGCCGCAGUGGACCGAGAAUGCCAGCUCGCCACUCGAGCAGACCGAAGCCGCCAGUCCGGCUGGCACCCCAUCCGUUCAGACUCCCGCCACUGCGGACGACCUCGACAGCCCUGCGAUGGACCGCUCGACGCCGCGACCGAACUCGUCGUCGGAUGCCGGCGCAUUCGCAGAGGAUGAAGAGGAGCUCGAGUACCUCUCGCACCGCGAUAGCAUGAUUAGCGUGGCUGCGUCGACCAUCAGCAUGAUGAGCAACAGCACGUGCAUGUCCGACUCGAUGGGCGAUGAGAUCGACAUGGCUGCGGAUCGCCGUGCUAAGCUGCUUGCCAGUGUACAGCAGAACGUGGCCAAGGCCAAAGCCAAGGAUGCCAAGCGCGAGAGCCACGCGGCCACCCGCUUCCGCAAGUCGCACAUGUCGCACAUGUCGCAAAUGUCGCAGUCGUCGUCGCUGCGCAACAUCCCCGAGGAGCUUUCAGGCGGUGCCUCGACGAUGGGUCUCGGGCUCUUUGAGAGCGAAGAGGAAGACGCCAACGACGAGGAGAAGGAGAACCUCGCUGACAGCCCUCAGGGACACGGCCGCAAGAAGCCCGAGAACCUCGUCCUGAUGCCUCAGCACGACAGCCGUCUCAUUGGACCGCUGACGCCGCCUCUGACACCCAUCGAUGCUACGGCAGGACAGAAGCAGUCUCGCCACGUGGCUACGCCUUCGACGAGCUCGGCAUCGUCUAUGUCGUCGGCUGCAUCGGUGCCUCGUCGUAUGAAGCCGUCGCGUGGGCGACUGGCGCCUCUCGAUGUGGGUGCGGCCAACCGACUCUCGCCGUCGGCAACUGAGCAGGGACGCGGCGGUGCCUCGUCGCCGUCGUCGCUCAAGCUGCGCCCGCUGAGCUUGGCAGCGAGUCUGCACAGCGGCGACAGCAGCCCGAUGAAGCGCUUUGAGCGACCUGCGUUCUCACCGGCGCUAUCGGCCAACAUCCCCAGUCCAGGACCGGUGCACAUGUCGGCGAUGAACGAGCGCUCGGGGCGAUACAACGAAGAGGGCCGCGCCUCACGCAGUGUCACGUACCGCCAAGGAGGCGUGCUGCCCACAGUCAACUCCAAGGGCGCUCUGGACACGGGCCGGGCCGGACACGCAGAGCCGUCGCUGACGCAUUCGGACAGCUCGACUUCGAUGGGCUCGAUGGCCUCAUCACUCGGAUCGUUUUCGAGGAUGGGCCACUUUCCAAGCCCCGUCCGCGCGAGCUUCUCCAACCAGGGCCUCGGCAAGGCCAUGGGCAUGAGGCCGAUGAUGAUCGGCCGCAACAGUAACCAAGUCGACAUGCCCGAGCUCUCUUCCUCGGCGAGCUCCCACAGCUUCGCCAGCAGCACUGGAGGUCGACUGGGCUACAAGACCAGCGACCUCUCCGUCACCGCCAUCUAG